AUGUCCGGGUCCCUCGAGGCUCUGCCAAGUGCCACCAACCUACUCCGCAAUGCCACUCCUGCAUUAAACCCUCGGAUUCCUCCCAUAGCCCGACAGAAUAUGUCCAUACUCCCCUGUCGCAUAGCCAUCAUCUCUCGCAACAAACUCAGAAAAGAAUCAUUGGCCAAAAACCCCGAUCUACGCCGAUGCGCCGCACACAACAGUCUCCUCCGGAGGUCCAUGGAGGAAGCACACCACAAUAUCCGCAAACGCCUGUCUUCGCUUUCCCUCGAGCAUGACGAGGUUGACGGUCCAGUCAUGAUUCCUCAAAUCCCCAGCGAAAGCCAAUCGUCCAUCAUCCGGAGCACGAUCAACGCCGCUGUGAAAGCUAUGACGUGUCGACAACGGUCAGAGGGUCUUCUCUGGACGGCUUCCUCGUCUCAGGAACCCGACGAAAAGAAACCGCUGGUUAACUUCCGUCGCUACUGCGCUCCCAGUCUCAGAGUCCACCGUCCUGCGGGAUAG